GUCAGGGGCUCCGCUGUCCUCGGAGACGCCCACCUGCUUCUCCACAUCCGGGGUGGCAGGGGCCCGCGGCGGGCGCUGACGUCGGCCUUCAAGGCCCCAUCCCCGGGCCUCUGCGGAGGGCGGAGCCCGGGAGCCCGCCGCCCCGCCCCAAUCCCUGCCCCCGCGCACUGCGGGCCCGGGGCGCUUAGAGGGGCGCCGAGCGGAGCGCGCAGACCCGGAGCCCCUAGGCCCGGACCCCUAGGAGCGCGCGGCUCACUGAAUUCCCCCCACCCUGGGAGGCAGGAUCGGGGAGGGUGUUGGUGGAAGGAGCCCAGGAGGUCCCGGCCUAUGGCUGUGGGCGGAAGCCCCUCUGGGAGCCUCUUCUCAGUCAUGGACAGACCCAGUCUUCGAGAGCUCCAACAGCCUCUGCUGGUGGGUGUAGGCGGUGAGCCCCCUGUCCAGAAGCCUGGUGAGCCUGAGCUGGGGCCUCCCUUUCAAGAGACAGCCUUUGCGGAAUCGCUGAGGGAUUGGCAGUUCCUGCCACCAUCUCUUCCUUCUGUGAGUGCUGGACUGGGUGAGCCAGGGACCCCCGACCUUGAGGAUGUGUCAUCCAGUGACAGUGACUCGGACUGGGAUGGGGGCGGCCUUCUCCCCCCACUCCUACCCCACGACCACCUCGGCUUAGCUGUCUUCUCCAUGCUGUGCUGUUUCUGGCCCGUGGGCAUCGCCGCCUUCUACCUGGCCCAGAAGACCAACAAGGCUUGGGCCAAGGGGGACAUCCAGGGGGCAGGGGCCGCCUCCCGCCGCGCCUUCCUGCUGGGGGUCCUGGCCGUGGGGCUGGGCGUGUGCACGUACGCGGCCGCCUUGGUGACCCUGGCCGCCUACCUCGCCUCCCGGGACCCGCCCUAGUUGCCCCUGCGGCCCCCCGCUGUGAACCCAGAGGCUGGCCGCCCGGCGCGUCCGCGGUGGGAGUGGAGAAUG